CGACUGGUGGGGGGAGUAUCAGGAGGGGAUACGACACUACAGUGACGAGGACCUCAAUAAGACGUUUCCAGAGAAAACUCGACCCAUGCGCUUCAAACAUCCUCCGUUCCAGUGUCCUGACAUGACCCCGUCUGCUACUGUCCCCUCUUCAGUUGAAUUUGUGAAGGCAGCGGAUAUAAAAGUCAUCGCCGCCUUGGGAGACUCCGUGACUACAGCCGUAGGUGCCAAUGCCACCACUGUGCUGGAAAUCCCAGUAGAGUUUCGCCAUGUGUCGUGGAGUAUUGGAGGCUACGGUACUUUUCAAGACGUCAUAACUCUGGCGAACAUCAUCAAAUUAUUCAACCCCACUCUGCUUGGCGCUUCUCCUGGAAAGACUAUCCAUGGGAAGGGGGCUCAUAUUAGUGAAACCGGCUUUAAUUUGGCCGUGACCGGACAUAACACCUUCAACCUCCCAGAUCAGACAAGAGAAUUAAUUGACACUCUGAGACGACAUGAGGGUCUUAACUUUGACGGAGACUGGAAGCUUCUGACCAUUCUCAUAGGCAUGAAUGACAUUUGUGAUUACUGUAAAGAUAAGGCUCUGUAUUCGGUGGAUAACUUCAUUCACUACAUGACCCUCUCUCUAGAAAUGCUUAUGAAUGAGGUUCCCCGUAUGAUCGUCAACGUGGUGCAGAUUUUGCGAAUGCAUUUUCUGAGGGAGGUACAGAGGCCUACCCCAGGGUGUCGUCUACAGCGGUCCUUCUGCCCGUGCCUGAUCGAGCCAGUGUCCAACUCUCCUGAACUUGAGGAGGUGAUUGAGAUCAAUCUGGAGUUUCAGAGGAGACUCGAGAAGCUGCUGCACAGCGAUCGCUUCCUCAGGAAGGAUUUCGCUGUUGUCCUGCAGCCCUUCCUCAAACACGCCGACUCCCCACGCCUCCCGAACGGGAAGAUUGAUAUGACCUUCUUCACUCACGACUGCUUCCACGUCACCAUAAAGGGACAAGAGGAGCUGGCUAAAGGACUGUGGAACAACAUGUUUCAGCCUGAGGGAGGGAAAAUGAUUGUGAGCAGUUUUUCUGAACCCCUCAAGCUCAUCUGUCCACCAGAGGAACACCCGUACAUCUUCAUCCGCCCGGUCGCAGCCAAGUCGAGUCCGUCUCUUCUUCACUCCAAGUCCACAUCACCAGCUGCCAUCAUCCUGCUCCUCUUUUUCUUCUUCUUCUUCACAAACAUCUCUCGUUACUCAUAAGUGUACUCAUUUCACUGCUAUUUAUGAGUUACAAUCAAUCAAGUAAAAUCCCAGUAAAUGAUGCGUCAGCUAGCGACUGAAACGUAAAUACUUUUGCAAGGCGUUGUAUUCCACCUCGGACCUGAGCUUCCAUAGAGAAGCACAGCUGUAAUCUGAGCAAGAACGAUUUAAAUAUGGAAAUGCUGUCAUUCUCUUAUCCACCAGAGAUCUCUUCAGACAACUCUUGUCUUUUCAAGCAGCAUGUGAUUUAGUUGCAUGUUUGCUCCUCGGAUCUUCAGGCUGUGACUGGCCCACUUUCUCUGUUCUCUCCAGAAAUUGCCGCGCAAUGAGAACUCCUGCAACACAAAGCAAGCCACUGUAAAACGCAUGCAAAUCUCAAAAAUAAGAUGAAACCUUUUAAGUUGUUGUCAUUUGUAAACUGUGGUUUCAUCUGGUUAGACAGAAAAUUAACAGAAUGUAUUGAAUUAGUUUAUUUAUUAUGAUCACAAACAACGAUGGAGGCUAUUGUGGAUUCUCAGAAGUAGUACAUUUACCUCUUGAAUGAAUAAAUGCACAACAGAGUGGAUGAACUGGAUAGCAUAGCAGAUAAUGACGGUUUAUUGAAACUUGCUGCAAUGUACACAAGUCUGACACAUUAUACUGUGACUGAGUGGAUAUGCAGCCUUUUAAUGCGUUCUUGUUUAUUUUUCCUUUAUUUCAAAGGACAAAAAAACCCAAACAAUUAUGAGGUUAUUUUGUAUCAAAUAAAUCAGUUCUGUAUCUGGAAUAUGUACGUUCACUCAAAUUCCAUUUCAUUUCUUCUGGGAGGGUCAUCAGCAUGAAUUUCAAUCAGACCACUUAGCUGUCAGAUUUUAUAAUGAUGCCGUUCAAAGAAAAGCCUCUUCAUGUUUGAACAGGCCCACCGCCGGUUUAUGCGGGACAAUAUGGAUCCAUCUCUGACGCAGGCGGGUCUUUAUUGCCGCUCUGCAGGCACAAUGGGAACUUUGGGAUCUCUGUGGAUGGUGCUGCGGGGAGAAUAUCCACUCCUGGAAGCCUCUCUUUGCCAUUUAGUUUUGAUGAAUCUCCCGCUGACCAAAAACAACAAUAGCUCACAAGCAAGCAGUUUCCACGAUUUAUGUGUUUGUUCCUUGGGAACACAAGGGGCACUUAUGUAAUGAUGCUAGUUAUAAUUCAGCUGGAAAACCAGUUCCCUUCACCGCUGCUUUGUGUUUCCCUUUCACAUAAAAUCACAAUAAAAAUACAUUUAAAAAAAAUUGUAGCUGCAGCAUCACAAGAUGUGA